ACAUCACCUCCGGAUACAUCCAAGACUUGAAUUUAAGAUGUGAAACUACAAAAAUGUGAGAAGAAAACCUAGAGAAAACUCUUGUGGACUUUACUCCAGGCAAGGAAUCGAUGAGGAAGACCUCAAAAGCCCGACCUAAAAAAGGAUGAACUGGAGGAUGGCCCAGCAGACCCGUGUCCAGCAGAACCCUGGACAGCGCACGAGGAAGCCUUACAGGCCAGGUUCCUCCUUGCUGUGCCCACGUGGGCAGUGGGGUUGCCAGGGUCAGAAGCCGGCCCAGACUUGCACCCAAAGCCUGCCUUGUUUUGCAGUGGCACUGGGUCCCUGCCUUGCAAUCGGGGGUGACUGCUUAAAUGGUCCCCCAGAAAUACGACAGAAAGGAAAGACAAAAGUGCCAGCCAAUAGAAUUGCUCCUUGUAUUGCCUCUCCCGGUCACCAUGUGGGUGCUCUGCCUGGUUGGGGGUCCCCUGGUGUUCAGGCCCCCUCAAACCCCCUUGCUGUGUGUGGUGCUCAGGGCCUUUCUCUUUGCCACUUUGCUGCUGAGGGAUGCAUUUCUGGAACUCAGAGCUGGGGCUGCCUCUCUGCUCCCCAGGCCCGUUUGUGUUGCAGAAACCACCAGUGUCGAGGGGGCUGGGCCCUGCUUUCAACAUUUAGCAGAGCCACCUAAUUUUGGCAGAGGCACCGUGUGAGGAGGCAGCAUGCACCUCACAGGCAGAGGCAGCGGAUGCCUCGGGAAGGGACCCAGCUGAGCCGGCAGCCACAGCCAGGCCCACUUGCUUCUGGCCGGGAGACCCAAGGUGCAAGUGAUAACAAGGACGUGUCGGUGAUGAUGAGCGAGAUGGACGUGAACGCCAUCGCAGGCACCCUGAAGCUCUACUUUUGUGAGCUGCCCGAGCCCCUCUUCACUGAUGAGUUCUACCCCAAUUUCGCUGAGGGCAUUGCUCUUUCAGACCCAGUUGCAAAGGAAAGCUGCAUGCUCAACCUGCUGCUGUCCCUGCCGGAGGCCAACCUGCUCACCUUCCUUUUCCUUCUGGACCACCUGAAAAGGGUGGCAGAGAAGGAGGCAGUCAAUAAGAUGUCCCUGCACAACCUCGCCACGGUCUUUGGCCCCACGCUGCUCCGGCCCUCGGAGAAGGAGAGCAAGCUCCCUGCCAACCACAGCCAGCCCAUCACCAUGACCGACAGCUGGUCCUUGGAGGUCAUGUCCCAGGGCAGGUCCAGGUGCUGCUGUACUUCCUGCAGCUGGAGGCCAUCCCUGCCCGGGACAGCAAGAGACAGAGCAUCCUAUUCUCCACCGAAGUCUGAAUACCCCCAUCCAUCUCCAGGAGGCGGAUAGAUGGCCUGGAAACCUCUGGCUCAUGGGGCCAUCCGUAGAGCGGGAAAUAAACCUUCCUGAGGUGUCCUCGGGCCACCCCCAAGCGGCGGGCCAUCUGCCAAGAGACAGCCACCCAAAGCAGAAGGACAGCUGGCCUGGGGAGAUCCCAGCCAGGUCUGGGAGCCCCAGGCAGGCCUCAGAGUGUGGUUUUUGCACACGGCCACCCGAGGGCGCCCCAAGCCAGUGCAUCUCAGAGUCCAUGCCUGGCCCUGGGGGACAGGGUGAAGGGAGUGGUUUUUAUGAACUGAACUUAACAGUUUAAAAGAUUUCUACUGGAUCACAUGUCAAGAUGCGCCCUCUCCGGGGAGAAGGGAUCGUGGCCGGAUUCCCUCACUGUUGUAUCUUGAAUAAACGCUGCUGCUUCAUCCUG